AUGGUACUUACUCACACCAACCUGUACGAUUUGCUGAUCGACUACAACAAUUUGGAUGUGAAGCCAGGCGUAGAAGCGACAAUGAAGCUGGUAUCGUAUUUCAUCAUUAUCAAGAAAAAGACGACCAGAAUUAGAAAAGGAAAGCUUUGUCAGGGAAUACUUGGAUAUGAUACCAAUACUUUAUAUCUGUGGGCGAUAAGUCAAGAUAUGCCGUGUGGUGAGCACCAAGUAGUUCAAGUUUAUCCCGAUAUUCUGAAAGAUGUCUUGGAUAACACGUUCUUUGGAAUGAUAGAAUGUGAUAUUGCUGUUCCUGAGCAUUUAAAGGAAUACUUUGCUGUAAUGCCUCCUAUUUUCAAGAAUGUUGAGAUUACAUGCAAUGAUUUAAGCCUUGACACACAGGCACAUGCCAAACCAAAUUACAAAAGUAACAGAUUAGUUGAAAGUAUGUUUGGUGAGACGAUGAUGUUUGCUACUAAACUGCUGAAAUGGUAUCUUGAGCAUGGAUUGGUUGUUUCAAAUAUUGCUUUUGCUGUAAGAUACAUACUUAAAGCACAUUUCAAGUCGUUUUCUGAGCAAGUAUCGAAUGAAAGAAGAGUCCGAGAUACAAGUCCUGGUUAUAAAUUACGUGGAGAAAUGAUGAAGUUGAUGGGAAAUUCAUCUUAUGGUAAAUGUAUAACGAUAGGACUCAGUAUUUGCGAAAUUUUGCGCUAUCUGUCCCUCAUUUCUCCUUUUAAUCCAUCUGCAUAUGUAAGUUCUGUACCAUUGAAUAACUCAAAUCACUAA